CUUACACCGUUCGUAGAAUCGUUAUAUACACGACGCGUUCCCGGAGCUGAGAUCGCGAUAGCGCUCGAGACCGGCGAAAGUCGCCGAACUUCCAGAAGAUGGCCACGGCGGAGCCCAUGACGCCGGCGGCGUACGAUCGCACCUAUGGAGGCAACGGGGCUUUCCAUAACUUCUUCAAUGAUUUCAGCCAUAUUCAGGACCCGAACUUGAGGCGACGACUCGCGCUGAGCGAAAUUGACAAGGUCCCCUUUGGCAUGUAUCAUGUAAGGGCUGUGUUAGUAGCGGGGAUAGGCUUCUUCCUAGAUUCCUAUGACAUAUUCGCCAUCAAUCUGGUGACGACGUUCCUCGGCGUCGUAUUCUGGCAUGGCGCCCCAGAAACCGCAAAGAACGGCUAUGGUGGGAAUUUCGGACACCUACCAACCCCCGUCAGCCAAUCUCUCAAGGCCUCGACGAGUGCCGGCAUCAUCAUCGGCCAAGUUAUCUUCGGGUGGCUCGCCGACAAGUAUGGCAGAAGGAGGAUGUACGGAGUCGAAUUAGCCAUCAUCGUCUUCUCGACUUUCUCCUGUAGUUUAGUCGCUGCAUCUCAAGCCAUAAGUUUCACUGGACUGAUGACAUUCUGGAGGGUGAUGAUGGGGAUCGGUAUCGGAGGCGACUACCCAUUAAGUGCCGUAAUCACCUCAGAGUUCGCACCAACGCGAUGGCGAGGAGCCAUGAUGGCUGCUGUGUUCUCGAUGCAGGGGAUAGGACAGCUACUAGCGGCCGUCACGGCGUUGGUCGUCACGGCAUCGUUCAGAGACGCAUUUGGAAACGCCGCUGGAGUCGAUCAGUGCGAUGACGUUUGUCAGACGGCAGCAGAUCGCUGUUGGCGCAUCAUUGUGGGGGUCGGGGCCUUCCCGGCCUGCUUCGCCCUGUAUUACCGUAUCACGAUUCCGGAGACGCCUAGAUAUACUUUCGAAGUCGCCAAGGACGUCGAGAAAGCCGCAGCCGACAUCAAGGCAUAUAUGGCGAGUCGAUCCGAAGGAGAGGUCGACGAGAUAAUCCGGGCAAAGAUGAAGAGGAUUGCCGCCCCAGCACUCAACAUACCUUCGGCAUCCUGGCAUGAUCUCUACCUGUAUUUCGCGCAGUGGAAAAAUGCCAAAGUCCUGAUAGGGACGACGCUAUCCUGGUUCUUUCUCGACCUAGCAUUCUACGGCCUUGGCCUGAACAACCAGAUUAUAUUACAGGCCAUCGGCUACGCCCACGGUGACUCACUCUAUCACAUACUAUUCAAUGGUGCGGUCGGUACCAUUAUUCUAGUCGUGGCCGGUUCCCUACCUGGAUACUGGACCGCCGUAUUACUGAUCGACAGUAUCGGCCGCAAGACGCUGCAAAUCCUUGGGUUCGUUAUCCUCACUAUUACUUUUUGCGUACUAGGCUUCCUUUAUAAUAGCCUGAGUAAGGGCGCUCUCUUAGCCCUCUAUAUUAUCGCAAACUACUUCUUCAACUUCGGACCCAACACCACGACUUUCAUCAUCCCCGGAGAAUGCUUUCCGACACGCUAUCGCUCCUCCGGCCAUGGGCUUUCGGCAGCCAUGGGGAAGGUUGGUGCAAUCAUAGCGCAAGUUAUCUCGCUACCUCUUCUCACAAAGGGCGCGCCAAACCCUUGCUCGGGUAAUGAGUGUACGCCUUGGCUAGACCGGUUGAUGCAGAUAUUCGCGUUGUUCAUGCUCUGCGGGACCUUUUCGUCGUUGCUCGUGCCCGAAACGAAGGGCUACACUCUUGAGGAGCUGGCCGGUGAACCGCCUACAUCUUACAACUCCGGCCGGAAUGGUAGCAUCAUCCAACCUCCGAAGCCGCGCUGGUGGAACCCGUUCUCGGGGGGCCAGCCAGCCGGCUUCUUCUACCCUCGCGUCAACCCUAACAACCGGACCGGCAUCAUGACGACCCCUAAUAUCAGAGCUCCAGAAGCGACAAGGGAUAAAAGGGGGUGGAAACUCUGGAAACACGGCCGUCAUUCCGAGAGCCAAGACGGUACGGGCUAUGCCGCUAGCUCUAGCUCGACGAGGAGGUUUGCGCCGUCCCGCGGGGCCACGGCGGACGCAAGUGUGCUACCUGGUUGGGGAGCCGGUUGGGGUAGGAUAGAUAGGGGAGGAAGCCCUCUUGCCAUGGAUAAUAUACGACUACAGGACGUGGGAAGCCUAUUGAAGUGAUCAACAUGACUAUGGGAAUACAUAUAUAUGGGAAUAGAAUAGCAACAUGAACUCAAUACCGCGGAUGCUUAGUACGAGCGCGGCGCAUGGAUAUGGGAACUUUGGUGCCGCGAGACUCAUUUCACAAGUCCGAAACCAAAACCGAAAUAUGUCGCCCUCCCCGUCCUCCUCCUUGCUACUCGAGCACCGCGAGCCUCGGACCUCGAUCGCCCCGUCCAAUACGCAAGCGAAACUCGUCCGGCACGCUUUCGAAUCGAGAUAAACCCGGUCUCUCCUUAUGGAACUCGUAC